GCGCCGACCCGCGUAUGUGAGUGUAUAUGUGUAUGUGUACGCGCCACGCUGACGCCAAACCAAAAAAAAUGUCUCCGCCAGCGAAUUAAGCCCGCUAAUCAAAGCUCGGUCGGUCGGCGUUAUGCAUGGAGGCUAUCGGCGUUUAAGUCUUUAAAAGAGCCCUAAGCUAUCGCGUAUAUGUAGCCGAUUGUCCCGUUUCGAUGGCGUUCAACGGCCACCAGCCCGGCCAGGAUGGAGCCGCCGACGAGGACGAGACGCCCACGAAGCAGCCGCGAUCUGCGAGGGAGAUGCCCCCUUACCGCGCCGACGACCCGGGCGACGGGACGACCGCGGCCGCCGGAAGCGCGACGCACGACCGACGCAAGUCCAACUCGACGUCGAGGCGUAGGACGGACUCCCUGAAAAAGAGCAGGCCGCCAUUCCCCUGGUUUGGGAUGGACAUCGGAGGCACCCUGGUGAAGCUCGUCUACUUCGAACCAAAGGACAUCACGGCGGAGGAGGAGCAGGAGGAGGUGGAGAACCUGAAGAGUAUCCGGCGUUACCUGACCUCCAACACGGCGUACGGUAAAACCGGCAUCCGAGACGUUCACCUGGAGCUGCCGGAGCUGACGCUGUGCGGCCGGACGGGGAACCUGCAUUUCAUCCGCUUCCCAACGCAUGACCUGCCGGCCUUCCUGCAGAUGGGCCGGGACAAACACUUCUCCAGCCUCCAUACCACCCUGUGCGCCACCGGAGGGGGAGCGUACAAGUUCGAGUCCGAUUUCCGCAUGAUGGCUGAUCUGCAGCUUCAGAAGCUGGACGAGCUGGACUGUCUGAUUCGGGGAGUGCUGUACAUUGACUCGGUGGUUUCCAGCCCUGCAGAGUGCUACUACUUCGAGAACCCCACGGACCCGGUGCACUGCAUCCAGAGACAGUACACACUGGAGAACCCUUACCCUCUGCUGCUGGUCAACAUAGGGUCUGGGGUCAGCAUCCUGGCCGUCUACUCGAAGAACAACUACAAACGAGUCACUGGGACCAGCCUAGGUGGUGGGACCUUCCUGGGCCUUUGUUGCCUCCUGACUGGAUGCUCCACUUUCGAAGAGGCGCUGGAGAUGGCCUCGCAAGGGGAGAGCACCCGUGUGGACAAACUGGUGCGGGACAUCUAUGGAGGCGACUAUGAAAGGUUCGGGUUGCCAGGCUGGGCGGUAGCCUCAAGUUUCGGCAACAUGAUGUCCAAAGAGAAAAGGGAGGCUGUCUCCAAAGAGGACCUAGCCAGAGCAACGCUUGUCACCAUCACCAACAACAUCGGCUCCAUCACCAGGAUGUGUGCUCUCAAUGAGAACAUUGAGAGAGUGGUGUUUGUUGGCAACUUCCUAAGGGUGAACACCCUCUCUAUGAAGCUCUUGGCCUACGCCAUGGAUUACUGGUCCAAGGGCCAGCUCAAAGCACUCUUCCUCCGACACGAGGGUUACUUCGGAGCUGUUGGAGCCCUGCUUGAGCUUCUGAAUCCAUCCUAAGUACAUCCAAAGACAAGGACUUUGUGCCUGCGGCAGACAAGCAGCACUUAAGACUAUUUAAAAUCGAUAUCAGGGCGGGAUUUUUGAUACUAGAAAGCAGCCAAAUCCUUGCCAGUUUUGGCUGUAGCUGGUAAGUUUUUCUACUUUACCAGCAAGGUUAAGGAGGUCUGGCGUUGUCAAUAAAUUACCAUAAACUGAGUUGGUCCAUAAAAUAGUGAGAGAGCCUGGUGGGUUUUUACACCUGCUCUUGUGCUGAGUGAAUGGAGGUUGGAUCCCUGCCCUCAGCGAGGCUGUCCAAAGGUCACUGUGGUUGGUCCAAGGUGUUAUGAGACAUGACUGAGAAUGAGUUGGGCAGACUUCCAGUCAUGGCAGGAUCCUGUCUGAUAACCUUCCCAGGGGAAUUCGCCAUGGUUGCCUGAAAUGCAAUGGUUUAAGCAGCACUUGUUAUCUUAUAAGCUUGUGUCAUCAUCUGCACUCACCUCACAGCAAGUAUUGGGACCUGAGCCAAAUGAUGUUUGCAAAUACUUUUUCAGUGUUUCGUUUUGGCUUACUUAUGAGGCCAGAUUGACAGUACUUAUUGAAUAGGAUGUCAACUGCCAGAAAUGAAAGCUAAACACAGUCUGUUCUCUAUACUUAAGGUAUACAAUGUGAUCAAUAUUUCAGAAGACCUGAUCAGAAAUGUGUUAAAAUGAACAGAGAAUUAUUGUGAAGCCACUUUUCAGUGAUCUUUUAGCUGUAGUCUUAACACACUGUCACCAUAAUAAAGACUUCAAAGAAUUGACAAUAUUUGUCAGACACUGAUUUGUAACAUAACAGAAACUGUAGAAUGGGAGUCACAAAAACUGUUGGUCGGCUUUAAUUAUUUAACAUGCGGCAGCUUUUACCAAAUGUCCGUUUCUUUCAGUCUUCACUGUAAUUGAAAAGAAUAUACAGCAUUAUUACCAAAUGGUUUUAUAUGUGGGGAUUGUUUUCGCUUCUAUCCAAAGAUUGUUUUUGUUGUUGAGGCACCAUUCAUAACCAUUUUUUAUGAGUAAAAUAUAUAAUUAUUCAGUGACCACCCCCCAAGCCAGUGUAUUCAUAAUAAUGGAUUUGACCUACACAAAUUUUAGCUUUCCACAUAAUAAUGGAAAAUGUUAUCGGUGCAUAAAGAGCAGUGUAUAACCCCCCCCCCCCUUAAGCUUUUCACUAGGAAGUGGUACAUGUAAUGGAAGAAGCGUGCUUAUUUGAAUUUAAGUGUGAUAUGUAACCACCUCAGACUCCACUUGUCGUUGACUGUCAUCUUUUGAAGAUUAAGCAAGCACACGUUUCGCUGCAAAGCCUUGGGCCUGUGUGCUCAGCAGCCUGUGCAUAGAGAGGUGGGGACA